CUCUCAUAGUCAUGAAAAUGAAUACUAAAGCUAGUACUCUCUUUCCUACAUUUGUCUUCUUAGCUAUUUUUCACCUUUCUUUGGUUUUUUGUCGCAAAAUAAUAAGCAAUUGUGAUGGAAGUGGCUUCACUCUUGAUCUUAUCCAUCGCGAUUCUCCUCUUUCGCCUUACUACAACCCAUCAAUUACUCAUUCAAAACGCCUACGAAACGCCUUCCUUCGAUCAUUUUCAAGGGAAUCUUUUUUCAAGAAAAGUAAUGAUACAAUCCAAUCGGAUAUUAUUCCGAUCCCAGGAGAAUAUCUCAUGAAAAUUUCCAUUGGAACUCCACCAUUUGAAAUUGUAGCCAUAGCUGAUACUGGUAGUGACUUAACAUGGACACAAUGUAAGCCUUGCACUAAUUGUUUCAAACAAACAGCCCCUAUUUUUGAUUCCAGAAAAAGCUCUACAUAUAAAACCAUAGGGUGUAAUGCUGAAGAAUGUGCAUUACUAGGGACUUCUUCUUGUGUUAGAGGAAAUAUUUGUGAAUAUCAAAUGAGUUAUGGUGACCAAUCACAAACUAUUGGUGAUCUUGCUUUUGAAAAAUUCACAUUUCCUUCUACUUCUGGAAAUAAUGUUUCCAUUCCUAAUGUUGUGUUUGGUUGUGGUCAUGACAAUAGUGGCACAUUCAAUAAUUAUACUUCUGGUAUUAUUGGCUUAGGUGGUGGUGAAGUCUCAAUUGUCAACCAAUUGGAUAAACAAAUCAAAGGGAAAUUCUCUUAUUGUUUAAUCCCAAUAGAAUUACAAUCAUCUAUUUCCAAUGCCACAAGUCACAUCAACUUUGGUAAUAGUGCCACUGUAUCUGGUCGUGACGUCGUUUCAACUCCCCUGAUAAAAAAAGAACCGUCCACGUUCUACUAUCUAAAUUUGGAAGGUAUCACCGUUGGGAAUAAGAGGGUGGAAUUCAAAUCUUCCAACCUUGCUUCUUCUAAUGCUUUUGAUGGUGAUGAAGGUAACAUUAUAAUUGAUUCUGGUACGACGUUGACUUUUUUACCUAAUGAUUUUUACUUGAAUUUGGAGUCGAUAUUGUUGGAAUCGAUCAAUGCUACUAGGAUUGAUGAUCCUUCGGGCACUUUUGGUAUCUGUUACGAGUCUAAGAAUGGUACUAUUGAUGCUCCCAAAAUUGUCGCGCAUUUUACUGAUGCAGAUUUAGUGUUGGCGCCUUCGAGCACUUUUGCAGAAGUAGAGGAAGGUUUGGUUUGUCUUACAUUAGUACCAGCAGAGCAAAUUGCUAUUUUUGGAAACUUGGCACAGGCCAAUUUCCUAAUUGGAUAUGAUCUUGUUGAUAACAAAGUCUCUUUCAAGCCUACAGAUUGCACUAAGUACUAAAGAUUUAGUUAAAGGUUGAAAAAUUAUGUAAUGAAUUUGGCUUGGCUAGGUAGUGUUAUUUUAUAUAUCUUCUACGUUUGUUGGUCGAUCUUUUAAUGUCAUUUUCAGUUUCAAAUGUUGUUGAUCAAUUCUUAUGACUUAUAUUUACUUCAGUCUGAUCCUUACU